UCCCCAGCGGGCAAAACACAUUCUCAAAUUCUUCUUUUGAUGAAUUAAGAGGAUGAAGUAGUCUUCGUAAUUUGCAAACAGCACAGCUGGCCUCACCCCCGAGAGCCACCAUUGCCAGCCGCCCCCUCCGCUCCCGUAGUUGAUUCUUAAACCCUAAUUCUCUUGACACCUACUCCACUGCCCUUUUCAAAACAACAUCCCGUCCUUUCACCAGUAACGUUCCGUUUUGCAUGACUAAUUGAACUGAAAGUAUACAUUGGGUUUGUCUUGUGCCCACGAAAUGUCACAGUCAGAUAUUAGGAAGUGGUUUAUGAAGUCGCAUGACAAGGACAAGGGAAAUGGCAAUGCGGCAGCCAAGCCUGCAAAAUCUGCUCAACCUCCUUCUAAGGCUUCUGAGAAAUCUUCUCAGGUUAAAUCCCAGCUAGACAAGCAGGUGCAGGCAAGUGAAGAUAAAGAUAAUUCAGGGCGAAGAAAGACUAGUAAAUAUUUUGCUGAGAAAGAAAAAGAGAGAGUUGAGGUUCCAGCUAAAAGAAAGACCCAAAAUAAUGGUGAUGACUUUGUGAAACCCUCGCCUGCAAAAAAAAAUCAUGAAGGCGAUGACGAUGAUGACGACGACUUUGUUAUGCCUGAUACUAAGAAAAACUCAGCUGAUGCCACCCCAAGAAAGAAACUAAAGAGUGGAUCUGGAAGGGGAGCUGGACAAAAGCCUGUGAAUAUUGAUGAAAGUGAUGGUGAUGAUGAUAUGAAAGAUGUAGUGCUCCCUUCUAAAUCUGGUGGAAGAGGCCGUGAUGGGAGAGGUGCCUCAGCAACAUCAUCUGGUGGAAGGGGAGCUGGACAGAAGCCUGUAAAUAUUAAUGAAAGCGAUGGUGAUGAUGAUAUUAAAGAUGUAGCACCCCCUUCUAAAUCUGUUGGAAGAGGCCGUGGUGGAAGAGGUGCCUCUGCAACACCCUCUGGUGGAAGAGGCAGAGGUGCCGGACGAGGUGGAUUUAUGAACUUUGGAGAAAGAAAAGAUCCUCCAAACAAGGGGCAAAAGGAAGUUCCUGAAGGUACCCCAGAUUGUUUAGCUGGUUUAACAUUUGUAAUUAGCGGCACUCUUGACAGUUUGGAAAGAGAAGAAGCAGAAGACUUGAUCAAACGCCAUGGUGGCCGUGUUACGGGAUCUGUCAGCAAGAAAACGAAUUAUCUUCUAUGUGAUGAAGAUAUUGGGGGAAGAAAAUCUGAAAAAGCUAAAGAACUUGGUACGGCAUUUCUGACUGAAGAUGGAUUGUUUGAUAAGAUACGUGCAUCAAAUAAAGCUAAGGCACCUCGACAAGAGUCAAAGAAAUCUAUGGAUAAUGCUGCUGUGUUGUCACCAAAGAAAACCGUGGAGAAAACAGAAAUAAAAAAAGAAUGCUUUAGCAGCUCUCCAUCAGAAAAUGUAGCCAAGAAAGGCUUGACCUCAGGUGUCUCCCUUGAUAAGAAAAGAGUUCAAACUACUCAGCAUUCUGCAUUGUCUUGGACUGAGAAAUAUAAGCCCAAGGUUCCAAAUGACAUCAUUGGAAAUCAGUCAUUGGUCAAACAACUUCAUGAUUGGUUGACACGUUGGCAUGAUCAGUUUCUUGAUGCUGGAAGUAAGAAAAAGGGGAAAAAGGCAAGUGAUUCUGGUGCGAAAAAGGCUGUACUAUUAAGUGGAACACCUGGCAUAGGGAAAACAACAUCGGCAAAGUUGGUCUGUCAGAUGCUUGGCUUCCAGACGAUUGAGGUAAAUGCUAGUGACAGUCGUGGGAAAGCUGAUGCCAAGAUUGAAAAAGGGAUUGGUGGAAGCAAUGCAAAUUCUAUAAAAGAGCUUGUCAGCAAUGAGGCCCUAAGUGUUAACAUGGAUUGGUCAAAGCAUCCAAAAACUGUGCUCAUUAUGGAUGAAGUUGAUGGAAUGUCUGCUGGAGAUAGGGGUGGAGUUGCUGAUCUUAUUUCUAGCAUCAAGAUAUCAAAGAUCCCUAUUAUCUGCAUUUGUAAUGACCGCUACAGUCAGAAACUGAAAAGUCUUGUGAACUACUGUCUUCUUCUGAGCUUUCGCAAACCUACCAAACAACAGAUGGCGAAGAGGUUAAUGCAAAUUGCAAAGACUGAAGAUCUUCAGGUUAAUGAGAUUGCUCUAGAGGAACUUGCUGAAAGAGUUAAUGGAGACAUGCGAAUGGCAAUAAAUCAGUUGCAUUAUAUGAGCCUCUCGAUGUCAGUAAUAAAGUAUGAUGAUGUUAGGCAACGCUUGCUUAUGAGUGCAAAGGAUGAAGAUAUUUCUCCAUUUACAGCUGUCGAUAAGUUGUUUGGUUUUAAUUCAGGGAAGUUGAGGAUGGACGAGAAGAUGGAUCUUAGCAUGAGUGAUCCUGAUCUAGUUCCUCUUAUAAUUCAAGAAAAUUAUAUUAAUUUUAGACCAAGUUCUGUUGGUAAAGAUGAUGAUGGUAUAAAGCGUAUGAACUUGAUUGCUCGUGCUGCUGAGUCUAUUGGUGAUGGAGAUAUUUUCAACGUACAGAUUAGAAAAUAUCGGCAAUGGCAGCUAUCUCAAAAUUGUGCUCUUUCAUCCUCUAUAAUCCCUUCUGCUUUAUUACAUGGACAAAGGGAGACAUUUGAGCAGGGGGAAAGAAACUUCAAUAGAUUUGGUGGUUGGCUGGGAAAGAACUCAACGCGAGGCAAAAAUCUGAGACUUAUGGAGGAUUUGCAUGUCCAUAUUCUUGCUUCUCGUGAAUCGAAUUUCGGAAGGGAAACUGUGCGGAUUGAAUGCCUUACCCUUCUUCUGAAACGAUUGACUGAGCCGCUCAGGGUGCUGCCUAAGGAUGAGGCUGUCCGGGAAGUAGUGGAUUUCAUGAAUACCUACUCUAUUAGUCAGGAAGACUUUGAUACUAUUGUUGAGUUAUCCAAGUUUAAGGGGUACCCAGAUCCGCUGGAGGGGAUACCGCCUGCAGUUAAAUCAGCUCUUACAAGAGCAUACAAAGAAGGAAGCAAAUCACGGAUGGUACGAGUUGCAGAUUUUGUCACUCUUCCUGGAAUUAAAAAGGCCCCUAAAAAACGGAUUGCUGCAAUUUUGGAACCAUCUGAUAAUGGGAUUGGAGAAAUCAAUGAAGAUGUGAUAGCAGAAAGUGAAGAAGAAAAAUCUUCAGAUACAGACGACUUGGACGACUCUGCUGUUGGUGAAAAGCUGCAGAAGGAGCUUCAAAGUUUAAACAGGAAAGGAGUCCAAGUACAACUGGAUUUGAAGGACUCAGGAAAGUCAAGUGCCAAGAAAACACCAGCAGGCAGAGGAAAAGGUGGUUCUGGAACCGCUGAGAAAAAAGGCGCACGGGGUUCAGGAUCUGGUGCCAAGAGAAAGAGAUGAGGAGAAAUGAAGUUGACGAGAUUUCUUUGUUUUCACAAGGUUUUUGUUCAUAGAACCUUUCUAGUUGGCAUCUCCCUCACCCGGGGAAUCAAUCAUUUUUGUAAGUUACUAAUAGGAGGGUAUUGUUGACAUCAUGACAUGUUUCCUUGGCCUUGGCUUGCUUGUGUUUAUGUAGCUAUCGGUAUAUAGUCGAUUAAUGGAUAGAUGUUUUUUCACUGGCUCA